AUGUCACAGAAACGGACGAUUGAUGCUUUCUUUGGACCUGUGCCAAAGCGGCCUCGUAAAGAUACCGCCGUCAAAGAAAACAGCCAAGAAGAGAGAGAUGAGAUUAUUCUCAGGUCACAGCAUUCAAAAUACCCAUUUCCUAUCGCUGAAUUAUCCGCGUCAAUAUGCAAAGAGCUAUACUCACUGCCCGCUCGCCCUGCCCGGACUAUCAACAACGAGCCAGACCUGGAUCUCUUGUAUUUCGAGCCUUAUAUCCCAGAUUAUCUUGCGCGUCAGCUUUUUCAACAUUUAAGAGCAGAGUUGCCUUUUUACAAAGUAGAAUACCAAAUUAAACGAGGAGGCAUUGAGACUCAGGUUCGCACGCCAAGAUGGACAACUGUUUUUGGUAUCGACGAAACAUCCAAAUUUGACGAAGACGGCACCGUGAUAGAUGCAAAUACGGGAAUGAAGGUGCCAGCCGAUAGACGCUAUGAUAAGUGCCCACCUCGGCCUCUUCCCAAAUGUCUCGACGAGCUCCGCCAAUCCACCGAGACGGCUACAGACUGCAAAUUCAAUUUUUGCCUAGUCAACUAUUACGCCUCUGGUGCAGAUAGCAUUGCAUUCCACAGUGAUGACGAAAGGUUUCUUGGUCAGGAUCCUGCCAUUGCCUCCUAUUCGUUAGGCGCUCGACGGGAUUUUCUGAUGAAGCACAAGCCAGAAGCUCCGAAUCAGGGAGCAAGUUCGCCCAUCAAAACAGGAGUCAUCAAAUUUCCGCUGAAUAGCGGUGACAUGAUCUUGAUGCGAGGGAGAACACAAUCCAAAUGGCUGCACUCUAUACCAAAGCGCACGGGAAAGAACCAAGAAGAUGGAGGAAGAAUUAAUAUUACUUUCAGAAGGGCCCAAACGAAAGAGGGAACAGAAAACUAUUACAACUAUAACGUCGGAAGUGGUCCCGUUUAUCGAUGGGAUAAGACGAGUGGGACCAUGAUGCAAUGGAAGCCCUCAUGAAAAAAAAAUUGAAGAAAAUAUACAUCUAUCUAUACGGAAAUGGAUAUCUGUAGCGCUUUCUAAGCUGAUUUAUUUGCCGCGACGCAUCUGAGCAGAAGCAAAGUUCCUCAGAGCCUUUAGGAACACCUGGUAGCCAAACGUCUCGUUGUCUUGCAGGCAGAAAAUCUCAGUCAACCGGAUUUGCCACGGCGGAUAGCCCGACAGCUCGACAUAGGGGGUGAAGAGGAUCAACAAGUCCGGUUCGGGGAAGAUACCCUCUGAUAGCUCGGCGUC